AUGAAAUCGACCUCCGAUUCGGGCCUCCACCCGCAACCCCCGCACCCGGCAACAAUUUGGAUUUCAGACGACGGAUCCACCGGCCAUGGCUCGGAGCAUGAAGCUCGCUUGCCGCCUGCUGCCCUUCCCUCGCGGAACUGGCAACACGCUGCGGCCGCAGAUCAGCUCGACGAGCGCUGGCUGAAAUCAAUCUACACAUCAUCCUCCAGCAGCUCGCGUGCGCAUGCCGACAACAUGCCGGUGAGCGCAGAAAAGGUGGCCGUCAGGCACCGCACCUCGGACGAUUUUCCCCUCGCAGUCACCAUCUUUCGCCCCGUCUCGUCGGCCGACGUAAAGGCCAGCGUCGUAUUCGCAAAUGCCACCGGCGUACAAGCUCGCUUCUACCACAACGUGGCCGCCUGGCUCUCCCAGAAUGGCGUCGCUGCUUACACAUUCGACUACCGCUUCUCAGGUGCUUCCUUUCCGCUCGAGUGCGACCCAGCCAAGCUCGCCGAGGACGAAGACUACUUUGAGGACGCGCUACGUCGCUGCCCAGACCACGUCGAUCUAACCACCACCUGGUGCAAAGUCGAUCUUGCUUCAAUUGUACGGCUGGCAUACGAAUCCAAUCCUGAAGCCGAUGUUACUGUGAUCGGUCACAGCCUUGGUGGUCACCUCAUGGCGGUCCUCCCAUCCGAUCAUGUGUAUGGGCCGCGCGCGAAAGUCAAGCGCCUGCUCAACGUGUGCGGCGGAAAUGCCUACGUCAAGAAUCAAAAGGAGCCCGACGCCGCCGAGUUUGGUUUCACAGAAAUCGUCGUCAAGCCGCUGGCAGAGGAGAAGAUCUUUCGCGCCGCCAAUCUCGGCCUUGGUUACGAUCUGCCAUACGGCCCUGGCUUAGAGUGGGUGCAGUGGUACUUCCAUCCGCACUUCGCCUUCAACCGGCCCGAAAACAUGAAGCUCGCCCGGGGCCUCAAGGGCGUGCCGCUACUCUACGUCGGCUUCGAAGAUGACGACAAGAUCGGAAAGAACAUGAUGGAAAAGUAUUUGGGCAUGUUUGACCACUCCGACGGGCUCAAACAGAGUCUCUGGAUCGACCCUGUCAAGAAAGGCUGGCCCAGCUGCGGACACGUAAACGCAUUCACAAAGAGCAAAGAACCAAAGCUCGUCCCCGUCGAGCAUGGCGAGGCAUACACAUCACAAAAGGACUUUGAAGACGCCAUCUCUAGCCAGCCGAAACCAUCACGCGCCUCUCUGAGCAAGGAGGAAACCAUCUGGAAACUGUUUCUCGACUACAUUCUCGGCAACCCGGUCGAUACAUCGCACGCCGAGUACAAGGUCUGGACUCGCCAGGAUGAACGCGAGAUCGAAAAGGAACGCAGGGAGGACGCCGAGUCUCGUAGAAAGAGCCCUCGGAAAGAAGACAUCAUUCUGGGUUUUGUGUCUCCCAGUCAGGCUAAGCUGUGA